AUGGCGGACCUCACGGCUCAGGCCCAAGCCACGGAAAACAAGAUGGAGGAGGUGAUGGAGACUGUGAGCACCCACGACACAGACAUACAAGAACUGAGAGAGCAGAUACCCAUCCUUGAAGAAUCCAAUAAACACCUAAAUAAUCGGACACGUCGGAACAAUAUCCAGGUAAGGGAACUGCCGGAAACAGUGUCCACUGAGCUGCUCCCAGAUUCACUUACCUUGGCUUUCCAAAAACCUCCUGCCAGAGGACUCCUCCUGAAGGACCACGCUCACCGCUCCCUGAGGGCACCCAGCGCCAUCUCUACCACCCCACGGGAUGUUAUGGUGCGUAUGCACUACUACCACAUCAAGGAGAGACUGAUACAAGCCACCAGGGACAAUCCUGUAGAGGUGGAAGACGUGCAAAUCCGGCUGUACCAGGACCUGGCACCUAACAUGCUAAAGAGGUGA